UCCCUCCCACUCGUCACCAGCAUCCGCCGCCCCUCUACUCGGAAAUCCCCGAAAUGCCCCUGGACCCCGACCCCUCGUCGCCGCCGCCGCCGGCGCAGCACCGCGACUGGUUCUUCCCGCCGGCGCCACCGUUCCUCCCCUCCUCCAGAGCCCGAACCCCCAGGACACCCUUCCCCUCCACCUACCGCUCCUCCAAGCCCUACUCCGUCUAUUCCCUCGCCGACCGCCGGCCGCCUCCUACACCACGCUCCCGCUCGCGCUCCCCGCACCCACCGCCGGAGCAGCAGCAGCAGCAGACGCCGCCGCCUCCGUCCGCGCCGCGCCGCCGUGACCCCCGGUACGCCGGCGUCCGCCGCGAUGAUGCCCGUACGGCUGCCUUGGAGAAAGCCGCGCCCCCGACGGCCGCGCCGGCGCACGGGAGGAAGCCUGCAGCAUCGGCGAUCACCCCGCGAUGCUCGGGGAUGCUCUCAGCGGCGGUUAUUUUACUGUGCUUGGCCUCCCUUCUCCGUAGGAACUUCUCGUUACACGAUCAGGUUUACCAUUUACAGGAACAGCUCACGGUAGCUACUGCGAAACUUCAGUCAUGUAUUGUAGGCUCCUCAUUGGAUAUGACCGACAUUGAUUUUCUGUAUCAGGAUGACAGUAUUACCAUGCCAAACAGAAGUCUUAAGAACUUUUCCCUGCUUAUCUCCCUUUCUGUACUAUAUGCGCCACUAGUAAUUCUCAAGUACAUAGACCUUGUGUCAAAGAUAAGGAGGUCACGUGACCCAGAAGAAGUUCCCAUAAACAAGCGGUUCGCAUACAGAGUUGAUAUAUUUUUGUCACUUCACCCGUAUGCUAAACCGUUGGUUCUACUUGUUGCUACAUUGUUGCUCAUUGCUCUUGGUGGGCUAGCUCUGUAUGGUGUGACUGAUGAUAGCUUAACUGAUUGUCUUUGGCUGUCCUGGACCUUCGUUGCUGACUCUGGGAACCAUGCCAACGCUGUGGGUUUUGGACCCAAGCUGGUUUCAGUUUCAAUUAGUAUUGGUGGGAUGUUGGUUUUUGCCAUGAUGCUUGGUCUUGUCACCGAUUCAAUCUCUGAAAAGUUUGAUUCUUUGAGGAAAGGAAGAAGUGAAGUCAUAGAGCAGAGCCACACUCUGAUUCUUGGAUGGAGCGACAAGUUGGGAUCUUUGCUGAACCAAAUAGCUAUUGCUAAUGAAAGCUUGGGAGGUGGGACCAUUGUAGUGAUGGCAGAGAGAGACAAAGAGGAAAUGGAAGCAGACAUUGCUAAAAUGGAGUUUGACUUGAAAGGAACAGCUGUAAUAUGUAGAAGUGGAAGCCCUCUGAUUCUUGCUGACUUGAAAAAGCACUUCGCUUCUGUCUAUAUGUGCCUUUUUCCAACUAAAUAUACCUUCAUGCACAAGGUCUCAGUUUCAAAGGCGCGAGCAAUUGUGGUUCUAGCGGAAGAAGGAAAUGCUGACCAGAGCGAUGCACGGGCACUGCGAACAGUCUUGAGUUUAACUGGAGUUAAAGAGGGACUAAGAGGUCACAUAGUAGUUGAGCUUAGUGAUCUUGACAAUGAAGUUCUAGUCAAGCUUGUUGGUGGAGAUCUCGUGGAAACUGUUGUUGCACAUGAUGUGAUAGGUCGAUUGAUGAUACAGUGUGCACGCCAGCCAGGCCUUGCUCAGAUAUGGGAAGAUAUUCUUGGCUUUGAGAACUGUGAAUUCUACAUUAAGAGAUGGCCUAAGUUGGAUGGAAUGCGAUUUGAAGAUGUGCUGAUUAGCUUUCCAGACGCUGUUCCGUGUGGCAUAAAAGUGGCAUCUUAUAGGGGCAAGAUUAUUUUGAACCCUGAUGAUUGUUAUGUUUUGCAAGAGGGUGAUGAGGUGAUAGUAAUUGCUGAAGAUGAUGACACAUAUGCCCCAGCACCGUUGCCCAAGGUUAGGAGAGGGUAUCUGCCUAAAGAUUUUGUUGUUCCAAAGUCUCCAGAAAGAAUAUUGUUUUGUGGUUGGCGCCGUGAUAUAGAAGAUAUGAUAAUGGUACUUGAUGCUUUCCUUGCGCCAGGAUCAGAGUUGUGGAUGUUUAACGACGUCCCUGAGGUUGACAGGGAAAGAAAGUUGAUUGAUGGAGGUCUGGACUUCAGUCGUCUGGAUAAUAUUACUUUAGUGCAUCGUGAAGGAAAUGCUGUCAUUCGCCGUCACCUGGAGAGCCUUCCUUUAGAAUCAUUUGAUUCUAUCCUGAUUUUGGCAGAUGAAUCUGUAGAAGAUUCAGCAAUCCAAGCUGACUCGAGGUCACUUGCAACAUUACUGCUGAUCAGAGAUAUUCAGGCAAAACGACUUCCAUACAGGGAAGCGAUGGUUUCACAUGUUCCCCGUGGGACCUUUUCUGAAGGUUCUUGGAUAGGGGAGAUGCAACAAGCAUCUGACAAAUCUGUUAUAAUCAGCGAGAUUUUGGAUCCUAGGACAAAAAAUUUGUUGACAAUGUCAAAAAUCAGUGACUAUGUUCUUUCAAAUGAACUUGUUAGCAUGGCAUUGGCAAUGGUUGCAGAAGAUCGGCAGAUAAAUGAUGUCUUGGAGGAGCUCUUUGCCGAACAGGGAAAUGAAAUGCAAAUACGACCAUCCGAUCUGUACCUUAGAGAUGAAGAGGAGUUAAAUUUCUUUGAGGUCAUUUUACGUGCUAGACAGAGGAAAGAGAUUGUCAUUGGGUACCGUCUUGAAGGAGCUGAGCGUGCCAUAAUCAAUCCAAUAGACAAAGUUUCAAGGCGAAGGUGGUCGCCCAAGGAUGUUUUUGUUGUUAUAUCCGAGAAAGAAUGAGCUACAUCAAAUUACAGUUAACAUGAAAAGCUGCCAAGCCCACCUAAGGAAAAACAGGCAGCAGUGCCAUGGGAUGCAUCAACAAGUGCAGACAGCUGUUUCAUUCUGAUGCUCGUUUGGCGAAGGCAAGCACGAGUGCGAAGGAGCAAAGCAAAAACAUGGACCAAAUUUUGGAUACCUUGGUUUGCCAUGUACAAAUACAGAAAAAUGCUGCAAUAUGGUUUAAAAGGCUGUGAACCGAAUACAUGACACAAGCUUUGGAAGUUUGGAUUGAUCCAGUUCAUUUGUAUAUUCUUGUCUGUGUAACUUCCAUAUACACAUUACACAACAAGCAGAGCAUCACCCAUGUUAAGGGCUUAAAGCUCCUGAGUGUCGACACCGAGCGGGGAUACAAUUUUUCUAAGUGAGGCUGUUAUACUUAUACCCUUGCGAUAGACUGCAGUGUUUGUUCAGCAUGGCAGUUCCAUUGCUUAGUUUCAGCGUUUUGUACAAAUUGAGGAAACCAUUUGGCGUUGUUACAAACAAUUUUGCUGUAUUUCUUCAUAUUCGUGAAUAGCAUGAGAUGCCUGUCAUUCAUGUAAAUAUGUAACCGGAAGAUCAUGUGAGGACCCAAUUUUCGGUGCUUAGAUAUUUAUAUGCCUUAUAUAUUAGUUUAUAUUUCA